AUGGCGUCCACGAUGAAAGCAGUAUACUAUCACGCGCCUCGCGACUUUGAGAUUCGUCAAGUUCCAGUACCUCAAGUUGGGGACGACGAGGUUUUGUUUAAAGUCUCGUGCUGCGGCAUUUGCGGUACAGACGGACAUAUCCAUGAAGGGGAAUUUAUCUCGUCGUUUCCGUUGAUUCCGGGGCAUGAAGUGGUUGGCGUGGUGACUGACUACGGCAAGAACGUUACGGGCUUCGAAAAGGGCGACCGUGUCGUCGCCGACCCCGGUGUCACGUGCGAGUCCUGCUUUUACUGCCGACGGGGACAGUCACUAUUGUGCGAAAACUUCCUCGGGAAGGGUGUAAGCUCCAGCGAAACCGGCGGCUUCAGCGAGUACAUUAAAUUUUCAGCGAAGAAGGUAUUCAAGAUCAACAAUCUCACCGAUGAGGAGGCUACACUCAUCGAGCCUGCGGCUUGUGCGAUCCAUGGGAUGGAUAAACUCGGCACCGCUGUUGGCGUGGAUGCGCUCGUGAUUGGCGCUGGUCCCACCGGCUUGAUAUUGGCACAGCUGCUGAAGCUGAAUGGCGCGCAUAAAGUCGUCAUUGCAGCCAACAAAGGAAUUAAGACGGACAUUGCGCGUCAGCUGGAGGCAGGGGAUGACUAUAUCGAGCUUGAUCGUACAAAUCCCGGACCACAGUGGGAGCAGCUGAAGAAAGACAAUCCGUAUGGGUUUGACGUAGUGGUUGAAGCGACGGGAUCGGAGAAGAUCGCAAACGAUGCGAUAAACUACGUUCGACGCGGAGGGACGCUCAUGAUCUACGGUGUCUACAACAACGCUGCACUUGUCCACUAUCCGCCGUCGAAAAUUUUUGGUGAUGAGAUCCAGACCCGUGGACGGAAUGGCACCGUUGAAUGCACGACGUGGCAGAUCAUUGGCUCGUUUGCGCAGACACACUGUUUCCCUCGGGCAGUUGCGUACCUUGACAGCGGCAAGAUUCGGGUGAAGGGCAUGGUCACGGAUGUCUACUCCAUCGCGGACUACCAAAAGGCGUUGGACAAGAUGAAUAGCCGGAGCGCGCUCAAGAUAGCGGUCAAGCCAGAAUGA